AUGCAAGAAAAUUCAACAUCUGAUUCUGUUAAUACAACUUUACGCCUUGAAACAGAUUUUAACGCCGAGUCCGGAGACGACGAAACUCAAGUUUUCAUUAAAAGUGGAAAUUAUAAGAAAGAAGAGCGUACCCCUCUACUCCCUGAAAGAAGUCCUACAAGCCGAGAAAUGAGUUCACCUGAUGAAGCUGGUAUUCGUUCAGAACGGGUAAAUACUUUGGAUUCGCAACAUUCUGAUGAGGAAAUUUCACGAAUGUGUAACGAGCAAUAUGGAACUACAAUAGGCACAGAUUUUGCAGAUAAUCUUGCUGAGGCUAUCCGUGCUAUAAACCAUGAAAUUUACCCUGAACGAAUUGCUCAAGGCUCUUCUGGAUCUUAUUUUGUUAAGAAUUUGAAAAGGGAAAAAAUUGCUGUCUUCAAACCGAAGAAUGAAGAACCUUAUGGGUCCUUAAAUCCAAAGUGGAUCAAGUGGCUACAUAAGUUGUUUUUUCCUUGCUGUUUUGGACGUUCUUGUCUUGUACCAAAUCAAGGAUAUUUAUCUGAAGCUGGUGCGUCUUUGGUUGAUCAAAAGCUCGGUCUGAAUGUUGUACCAAAGACAGCAGUUGUUUCUCUUGCAGCUCCAACAUUUAAUUAUAGCCGUGUUGAUCGAGCUAUGACUCGCACAAAGGAACGAAUCCGUGAUCGUUAUCCUGAUAUUGGUAGACAUUUUCGCCGUAUUGGAUUACCUCCAAAGCUUUUUGUAAAUGGCUAUCAAGACGCUGCAUAUUGGUUACGACAAUGGGAACUUUUCCCUGAAAUGGCUCCGCCGACUUCUGUAAUGUCUGAAUUUCAAUUGGAAUUUGAAAAAAUGGUUAUUCUUGACUAUUUGAUUCGAAAUACUGAUCGUGGAAAUGAUAAUUGGUUAAUUAAAUAUGAGCCAGUGACUGUAGAAGGGAAGGUUGGUGAUAUCACCUCUGGAUUGCUAGCAAAGCCGAGGGAUGGGACUGCUCCGGGAACUGCAAUGCGACUGAACGAGGAAAUUAAUUCUCAGGAUGAUGCUAAAUUAAUCGAUCUUCAUGAAGACAAUGAGGAAAUAGACGGAGUUGAUGAAACUCUAAACGACAGUGCAGAUCCUUACCAAUGGGUUGGCCUUUCAAUUGCUCAACGUCCUUUUAGUGAUGAAAUAGUCAGUAAAGUAUUACCUUUGGUAGACAAUACAGAUUUUGUGCGUGAAUUGGGUAAUGAUCUUCGAAAAAUAUUUGAGGCAGACAAAGGCUUCGACAAGAAAACAUUUGCCAAGCAAUUAUCUGUAAUUCGUGGUCAAAUGUUUAAUUUACGAGAAGCCUUACGUGCUAGAAAAUCGCCUGCUCAACUUGUUCAGAUGACUCCACAAUAUAUGAUCGAAAUUAAACGAAAGAAACUUCGUAAAUUCCGAAAACUUGUAAAAAAUAUCAAAAGCAGCAACAGCCAAAUUACAACGACAACUGAGCUUACACCUUCAACGACUAAUUUAAACCAAUCAACAAGUGGAAAAAGUUUAGCAGAACAACCGCGCAUACAGGAUAAUGGCAAGUUUCAAAGUUUUUUUGAGAAUGGAGGAUUUUUCAUAAAUCAGUUUUGA